UCCACAUUAUUAUAGAAAUCCAUUUCUACCUCCAAUAGUUACAAAAUAUGGUUUCAAAUUAUUGAAAAUGCUAGGUCCUUUAGGGAUUAGAUUGAUUUCAAAAUAUCUAAGUAUAAGGUUCAGUAGAGGUGUCAAACCAGGUCAUGAAGAACAAGUUAAAGAUUUAUUACAAUAUACUAUGAAUCUUUUCUAUCAAGAUAACAAUUCAUUUGAUGCUUUGAAAGUUUUACUUAAUGCUCAAUUAUUAGCGCCUAGUCCAAUUCUAGAUAAUUUGAAUCAAUUAAAGAACCCUGUUUAUUUUAUGUAUGGUCAGCAUGAUUGGAUGAAUUCAAAUGCUGGACUAGCUGCUACAAAUGAAUUACAAAGAGCUUAUAGAAGUGCAAAGUUUGGUAUAAUUGAAAAUGCUGGUCAUAAUGUGUUUCUAGACAAUCCUGAGGAUUUCGAUAAAGAAGUUAUAAACUACUUACGAGAGGAAUAGAAGCUAAAGGCAAAUGAUCUAUAGAUAAUAGUAAAUAAUAUAUAUAUAUCUUAUUAACAAAACACAAAAAAAAUUAAAAAUCAAAACCAAAUGUAAACUAAAAAGGGAUUCGAACCCUUGGUACUACUAAAAGUACGUAAUAGCUCAUUGUGUAGUGUUUUAGUAGUAUGCUUGAACCGCAUUGUAUCACAAAAUUCGCGAUCAACGUCAAAAGUGUAUAAAAAAAAAAUGAAAACAACAAAAUCAUCAAUAAACGAAAAAUGAAAACACCAAUAAAACCAGCAUGAGU